AAUAAUAGAAGACAAAAUGAAACAAAAUUGAAGCCAAAGCAUUAUAAAUUAUUGUAAGUGGGUAGAAAUAAACACUACGCAGUGUAGUAGUACUACGCUAGGGUAUCUGUAGAAAAUUGAAUGUGAUUUCGGAAUAUAACGAGGAAAGAUUCGGAUCUUGGGAAUAUUCCGAAAGUCCUCUCCCCACCUCAAGAUUUUCCCUACAAAUUUCUUUAUAAUCGUAAUGUAUGCCGAUUGAAAGAUUUGUAGAGCAUGACAGCACUUCAUGUCUGGCUAUCAUUACUCACUUGUCCGAAGAUGUCCGACUUACUGUCCAGACACAAUUCAUCGAACCAAUUUUAUUUCCUGUGAACUCCCUUCUUGAGUUUUUGGGGGAUCUCGACUGGAAUCCCUCAGAUGGCUCACCUAUCCUCAAAGCACGCACUGUACGCUGCGUUGAUGGGCUUGAUUUGAUUCUUUAUGAGAGAGCUUUGUCUGCUCAAAGAGCCUAUCUAUGCAGUCGUGAAGCAACAAGGAACUCUUCAACCACUUCCGUUCCCAAAGAAUAACCAAGUUUGAAAUGCCAUCAAAGAGAACUUACCAAUGUUUAGGUGCAGGCAUGGCUGGUUGGUUAAGAAGUCUGCUUCCCAGCAGGAUGGUUUUAGGUUCAGUCCCACUGUACAGCAUAUUGGGCAAGUGUUUUCUACUAUAGCCUAGGUUGAUUAAUGCCUAAGAGUAUGAAUUUGGUCGGUAGAAACUGUGUGGAAGCCUGUCGUGUGUGUGUGUCUUUGUGCAAGGCCAGAAAGCUGCACCAGGCUCCAGUCAUCUGUUUUGGCAUGGUUUCUAUGGCUGGCUGCCUUUCCUAAUGCCAACCAUUCCACAGAGUGGGGUUGCCAAGUAGCUUGCAAGACAAGGACCUUUUAAUUGAGAGAUGGACAGGAACUGAGAAAAGAUAUGUUGUUUACAGUCUGCUGUGAUGAUUCUAAAAUACAACACAUAAAAAACCUAAUGAUGGAUCUUUUUUUCUGCCCCUCUGAAGAGAUUUUGCCUAAUAUAAUGAUUUUAACAGUUGCUAUUUAAUCUUUCAGGCUUAAUUGAAACAGCUGUAAGGGACUAUGUUUGAUUUUCACAGAUAAUAAAUUUUUAUUAAAAGAUA